UACCAAGAUAAAAUUGAACUGUAGUUAAUCACACACUGUGCUGCUGUCCGCUGGCGAUUUUAGUUAACUGUCCCUAGUUUUUUAUUCUGAAAUAUGUUGGUUUUCUUCAUUUUGUUAAUGCUUUUCCGAUAUGUUUUGCCUAAUGAUUUUGUGAUAAAAUUUAAGGAGAAAAUGUAUCCGUUUCAAAACACGAGUUUACCAUGGGACGAAAGGGUUGAUGACUUGGUGGCAAGGUUGACACUACAAGAAAUACAACUGCAACUGGCCAGAGGAGGAACUGGGGACUAUGGAGGCCCAGCGCCUGCAAUCCCUCGACUUGGAAUAGGGCCUUAUGCAUGGAAUACAGAAUGCUUACGUGGUGAUGUUGAUGCAGCUGGAAAUGCAACAGCUUUUGCUCAGGCUAUAGGACUGGCAGCCACAUUUAGUCCAACAUUAAUAGCCCGCGUUGCCGCAGCCACUGGACAAGAAGUAAGAGGAAAGCACAACGACUUUGUCAGACUUGGAAUUUUUACCACACACACUGGCGCCAGUUGUUUUAGUCCUGUUAUAAACAUUGUUAGAGAUUCGCGCUGGGGAAGAAUUCAAGAAACAUAUGGAGAAGAUCCCUUCAUGAGUGGAGUUCUUGCACAAAAUUUUGUAACUGGAUUGCAAGGAUCUGAUUCAAGAUUUAUCCAAGCUAGCGCUGGAUGUAAACAUUUUAAUGUUCACGGAGGUCCAGAAAACAUUCCAGUCUCAAGAUUUUCCUUCGACGCUAAGGUGUCCGAGGUUGAUUGGAGAAUGACAUUUCUACCAGCGUUUAGAGCGUGUGUCAAAGCUGGUACACUUAGCUUAAUGUGUAGCUACAAUAGAAUAAACGGUGUUCCUGCCUGCGCAAAUAAAGAACUUCUGACGGACAUUACGAGAGGGGAAUGGAAUUUUAAAGGUUAUGUCAUUAGUGAUCAGGGUGCUAUUGAGAACAUACAAGAUGAACACCACUACACAAAUAACACUAUUGACACUGCUGCUGCUGCUGUAGGAGCUGGGUGUAACCUAGAAUUAUCAAACAAUCUACCCAAGCCAGUUUAUAUGUCUAUAGUUGAUGCGGUCAAGGAAGGAAAGCUUAGCGAAAGCCUAGUCCGUGAUACCGUCAAACCUCUUUUCUACACCAGAAUGCGAUUAGGAGAGUUUGACCCACCAGAUAACAAUCCAUACGCUCAGCUAGACAGUUCCACCGCUGAGUCGACAGAACAUCAGGCUCUCGCACUAGAGUCAGCCAUUAAAUCUCUUGUUUUGCUCAAAAACAACAAUAACAUUUUACCACUAAAGAAGGAAAAAUAUAAUAAUGUUGCGAUCCUAGGACCAAUGUCAGACAAUGUUCAACAGCAGUUUGGUGAUUAUGCACCAUUUACAGACCAUAGCUUUAUAAAAACACCUUUACAAGGCAUACGAGAAAUUUUUCCGAAUGCCAAAUACUCGAAAGUCUGCAUGGAUGGAACACGCUGCACAUCCUACAAAAAAGAUCUCAUUCCAUUGAUCGUAAACAAUUCUGAUUUGAUCAUUUUUGCCCUAGGAACAGGACCCGACAUUGAAAGUGAAGGUCAAGACAGAGCCGAUUUAGAGCUGCCUGGGUAUCAAAAAGAUCUCCUAAGAGAUGGAUUGCUUUACAGCGGCAACUCGUCGGUGGUCAUGCUGUUAUUUAACGCUGGGCCACUCAAUGUUUCGGCAGCUGACGACAAUAACAGAAUUGAGGCGAUCAUUGAAUGUUUUUUUCCUGCCCAGGCCGCCGGCGAAGCAAUCAGAAACGUCUUAACAAACGCUGGAGGCAACUCCUCGCCUGCAGGAAGACUACCACUCACAUGGCCUUAUUAUUAUGACCAGUUACCGCCCAUGACCAACUAUUCCAUGGAAGGUCGCACCUACCGUUACAUUAAAUUUGAUCCGUUGUAUCCAUUUGGAUAUGGGUUGUCUUAUACAACAUUCAACUAUUCUAGGUUUCAAUAUUUACCAUCAAUACACGCAAAUGAAACUCUUUUAGUUUGGCUUACUGUGUCUAAUGUGGGAAACGUUGACUCUGAUGAGGUGGUUCAAUGCUAUAUAAGUUGGGGAGAUAAAACACUACCAGUGCCAGUACGACAGCUGGUGUUCUUUGACAGAGUUCAUAUUAAAGCUGGUCAGUCGAUGGAUAUGGACAUCGCAAUUCUAGGGGAGACUAUGGCAUUCUGGGACAAUGGCCAUUGGGUUAUUAAAGAAGGACUGAUGACUUUAUACUGUGGAGGACAGCAACCGUUUCAGAAAAAAUCUGCACCAUCCAAUAUACUUUCUGGUCAAUUUAUUAUAAAAAAUACUCUAAUAGCAAAGGCACUUCUAACUGACAGAUACGGAUCGUAAUUGGUACGUGGGUCAAGAAAUGAAGACAAUGCAUCGUGACAUUCACUUUGACUUAAUUGGUCGCCUGAUUAUCUUUUAUCAAUUAAUUAAAAUUUGGACCGAAUUAGUAGGCAGUUCUAUCCACGCGCCUCAUCACGGCCGUCUUGGGCGUGGAGCG